AUGUCGAAGCGAGGACGCGGAGGAUCGGCGGAUAACAAGUUCAGGAUAUCUCUGGGUCUUCCAGUGGCUGCGACGGUGAAUUGCACCGACAACACCGGGGUAAAGAACCUUUACAUCAUUUCAGUGAAGGGAAUGAAGGGUAGGCUCAACCGUCUCCCUUCUGAUUGUGUCGAUGACAUGGUUAUGGCCACCGCCAAGAAGGAUAAUGCUGGAGUGAUUGUUAAUCCCAAGGGAAAAAUGAAAGGUUCUGCAAUCAGUGGUUCCCUUGGAAAGGAGUGUGAUGAUCUUUGGCCUAGGAUUGCAAGUGCUGCCAAUGCGAUUGUUUAA